CCCGAACACUUCUAUCCUAUAGGUUCACAUCGUCCUUGGUCAUGAGCGACUUAACUCUUUUUUUCAGGUCCACAUAUAUAAAAGGGUUCGCCUCUUCCUCUCUUUUCUUCUCUUCAUUCUUCCAACAACCCCCACACUCAAACACAAAACCUCCAACCCACCACCCCUCAAAAAUGACUAACACUACCGAACACAAGCCCUCCGCCAUGGAGACCAUCAAGGACAAGGCCUCCCAUUUGGUCCACAAGGUCACCGGCAAUCACGACCAUCACGAUUCCACUGCACCCACCACCCACACCGAGUCUAUCAACCAGCACCACGAUGUGGCCUACGGAACUGCCCAGCCCAGUGUCAACUUGGCCCCCACCACCUUCCCUCGCGAGGGUGAGACCUCGGCUGCCGGAGCCGCCCAUACCCAUGCCCCUGGCGCACACGCCCUUGACCAUCAUCAUCACAAGAUCGAUGACCCCCAGCAUGGUAUCACCUCUCGCCUGAUUGGCGAGCGCGGCGAUCCCAACAACGUCGAGAGCCUCCACUUGAAGCCCACCAUGUAAAUAGUCUAUCGGGCCUGUAAAAUAGUGAAAAUAAUAAAAAACACCCGCCUCUCUCGAUCAACAACAAAGCUCUCUAAGAAUGAGAUUGUGAAUGCAUUGCUGUCUGCGGUCCGGUCCACUCGAGUAUCAACCCGCGUGCUGGUUCUU